CUUGAGGGUAUCAAAUGCUCUAAAAUAAAUAUAAUUAUAAAAUAAAAAGAUGAACAGUGCCCCGAGGAUAAUAUUAAUAUAGUAUUUGUGUUUAUUGUGUAACAGUUUAUCUAGAAACCCUUCGUGAACACAGUUACUCUGCGAAUAAUAUUAAUGUAUUGGUUGAAUAGUUCUAACUUGUAAUCAGAUUUAGGAUUUAGGAGUGUAUUAAAUUAUAGUUCAUCAAAAAUGCAUGAAGCAUACGAGAUAUCGCACUUGCUCAAUGCGACAGUACAAAUAGAAGCUAUAGCAGCUUAUGAUAACAACUUGUUAUUAGGAACGAGACAAGGUCAUCUGUUGAUGUAUUCACUAUCUCAAACAAAUGGGAACCAAAAAUAUGAGUUGCAGCUGCUAAGAUACUGUAAGAAUUUUAGUAAAAAGCCUAUUCAACAAAUAGAAGUUAUUCCAGAAGAAAACUUGUUGCUGUGUUUGACUGAUAAUGUCCUCUCUACAUACAAUAUAAAUGGUGUUAAUUUUCCAUUGGUUAAGACAUUUGAACAAACCAAGGGUGCAUCUCUAUUUGCAUUGGAUAACACGCCUACAACAUCAAUGACUGGAGAAUCAAAUUCAGUUGUACGUCUCUGUGUUGCUGUGCGUAGAAAAUUACAACUAUACUACGGAAAGAAUGGAGAAUUCAAACAACAUUUGUUCGACUUUACCAUUCCUGAUGUGCCCAAGGUCAUGUCCUGGGGACAACAGUACGUGUGCGUGGGAUUCAAAGCCGAAUAUGUGCUGUACGAUCUCGCAUCAGGAAACCCUCAGGAACUAUUCCCAACGAGUAGUUCUAAAUCUCUGGAGCCAACUAUAGCGAAAUAUUCUGAGACGUCAUUUCUACUUGGUCGCGACCAAACGUCCGUUUUAGUGGAGGAAGCAAAAAAUAUAGAUAUAAAGAAAACUAUUAAAUGGUCUGAAGCUCCUAUUGCUGUCGUUUGGGAUGAGCCAUAUGUGUUAGGUUUGUUAUCAGACCAAGUGAUAGUACAAACAGUGGAGCCAUCCCUGUUCAUACAAACCCUACCUGAACUGAACAAAGCAAGACUGAUGUAUAGAUGUAAGCGAGGGUUGAUAUUCGUGUCCUCAGUAGGGCAGGUGUGGUGUCUCAGUUCUGUUGAUAUCACGAAACAAAGGCAGCAGCUACUCAAGGACAAACAUUUUCAAAUAGCUAUAGAAUUAACGAGCCUGUCAGACUGCACGCCCGAAGAAAAAGAACAAAAAAUACAUUCCAUACAGGUUCUAUACGCGUUAGAACUAUUCGACAACAAACAAUAUUCGCAGUCCAUGAAGGAGUUCAUUAAACUAAAGACGGACCCAGUUGACGUCAUCAAAUUGUUCCCUGAAUUAGAUGGUAAAACAAAUGACGAUAAUCCAAAGAAAUUGGUUGGGAAGGAUUUAGAGAAUGCUUUGAAUGCGCUGGUGAUGUAUUUGAAGGAGUUGAGAGCGAAUAUAGGGAAUAGCACUGGUCAGGAUGAGGCGACUAAGCAAAGAAAUGUGACGCAGCAACUAGAACUGAUUGAUACUACAUUGCUGAAGUGUUAUUUACAGAUAAACGAUGCUUUAGUUGCACCUUUACUUCGAAUCAACAAUUGUCGCUUAGAAGAAGCGGAGAGGAUGUUACUGCAGCAUGGAAAAUAUAGUGAAUUAAUAAUAUUGUACCAAACCAAAGGGCAGCAUAUGAAAGCGCUGCAGCUGCUAAGAGAUCAGGCCAAAGAACCAGACUCUAGCUUAGGUUACCAAGAAACCAAGAAUUAUUUGCAACAACUUGGUGCUGAACACAUAAAUUUAAUAUUUAAAUUCUCUGACUGGAUAUUGAAGGAACACCCCGAGAAAGGUUUGAAGAUAUUUACUGAAGAUAAAGUAGAAGUAGAGAACUUGCCUCGUCCGAAGAUAUUAGACUUUCUGCUGAGAGAGCACGAGUCCCUCGUGAUCCCGUACCUGGAGCACGUGAUUCACACGUGGAACGAUACGAACUCGUUGUUCCACGACGCGCUCAUCAACAUGUACCGAGACAAGAUCACGGACAAGAAGGCGAACCUGACGGACGCAGAGGUGCAGCACAUUAAGGCCAAACUUGUCGCGUUUCUAGAAAAAUCCGCGCAUUAUACACCUGAGAGAGUGUUGGUACACUUCCCCGUUGAUAGCCUAUUUGAGGAAAGAGCCAUCAUUUACGGGAAAUUAGGACGCCAUGAGCAGGCACUCGCUAUUUACGUACUUAUAUUAGGAGAUGUAGAUAGAGCAAUAAGAUACUGUGAAAAUGUUAGCGCUACUCCAAACGAUAAGAAUCAAGAUGUUUACGUCAUUCUAAUGCGUAUACUUAUGAACCCUCAACAAGACAGCGCACUCAAAGAGAAUCCUUUGGCCAAAGUGCCUAGACACCCGAAGACGUCCGUCCCUGAUUUGGAGACAGCCCUCGAUAUACUGGAGAAGCAUGCUGAUAAAAUCUCGCCCCUAAAAGCUCUCUCAGUGUUGCCAGACUCGGUGCCACUAAGUCGUUUGAAACACUUUCUGGAAAGCGCUCUCGAUGGACAGCUUACGUUGAAACGACGCAUGCAAGUUCUCAAAGGUUUGCUGUAUGCAGAACAUAUGCAGGUACAAGAAGUGAAACAGUUCCACGAAUCGAAGAGUGUUGUCAUAAAUGACUACAACAGUCUCCCAACAUGCCCGCGCGAAGAGAAAGAGCAAAGGCUUCUUUCUAUUAGACGCCUGUAUGCAUUAGAACUAUUCGACAACAAACAAUAUUCCCAAGCUAUGAAAGAGUUCAUUAAACUCAAAACUGACUUAGCAGACGUAAUCAAACUAAUUCCUGAUUUAGAAUAUAAAUCAAGUGAUGAUAAAGAGAAAGUAAAGAAAUUGUCUGGUAAGGACUUAGAUAGCGCUUUGAAGGCCAUGAUAGUAUACCUGAAAGCGGUUCAAAGUAAUUUAGGAAAAGACACGGGUCAAGGUGAAGCGGCCAACGAAAGUCGGCACCGAGAGCUAAUUGAAACUACAUUGUUGAAGUGCUACUUACAGGUGAAUUUUGAUGUAACAAAUCUUAUACAAAUUAGUAACAAUAUUUGUCUGGAACAAGCAGAGAAGAAAUUGUUACACUAUAAGAAAUACAGCGAAUUAAUUUUGCUGUAUCAAAAAUGCGGACAGCACAUGAAAGCGCUUAAGCUGCUUAAAGAUUAUGCGAAACAAUCAGAUUCCAGCUUAUUUGGCUAUCAGAGAACGGUGAAUUAUUUGCAGCAACUUGGUGUUGAACACAUAAACUUAAUUUUUGAGUUCUCAGACUGGAUAUUGAGAGAAUAUCCAGAGGAAGGCUUAAGGAUAUUUACUGAAGAUAAAGUAGAAGUAGAGAACUUGCCUCGUCCGAAGAUAUUGGACUUUCUGCUGAGAGAGCACGAGUCCCUCGUGAUCCCGUACCUGGAGCACGUGAUCCACACGUGGAACGAUACGAACUCGUUGUUCCACGACGCGCUCAUCAACAUGUACCGAGACAAGAUCACGGACAAGAAGGCGAACCUGACGGACGCAGAGGUGCAGCACAUUAAGGCCAAACUUGUCACGUUUCUAGAAAAAUCCGCGCAUUACACACCGGAGAAAGUGUUGGUACACUUCCCCGUUGAUAGUCUGUUCGAGGAAAGAGCCAUCAUUUAUGGAAAAUUAGGGCGCCAUGAGCAGGCACUCGCUAUUUACGUUCUAAUAUUAGGAGAUGUUGAUCAAGCAGUGCGGUACUGCGAAAAUUCCAGUACAAAUCUAAACAAUCAUGGUCAAGACGUUUAUGUCAUACUGCUGCGCAUCCUCAUUAAUCCUGAAAAAGAAAGUGCACGCGACACGAUCAGUAAGCUUCUGGCUAAUGCGACAAUACACCCGAAGACCGCUGUUCCCAAUUUAGAGAGGGCGCUUAAUAUAUUGGAGGAUCAUGUCGAUGAAGUAUCGUCACCUUUGGGAGUCCUAUCGGUGUUACCAGACUCGGUGCCUCUGUGUCGUUUGAAGAAAAUAUUAGAGAAUGUUCUGGAGAGUCAGUUCGCUUUGGCCCGUCGUUUGCAAAUUGUCAAAGGAUUGUCACAGGCUGAAAAUGAACAGAUAGAAGAUAUGAACCAGUACUACGAGUCCCAGGCGUCGCUAAUCACAGACGGUGACGCGUGUCCCGUAUGUAAGAAACACUUCGGUAACCAAACCGCAAUUAGUUUGUAUAUCGUGGACGUUAAGUGUAUGAUGAGAAUGAUGGGUGAAGGCGAGAUGGUGUACGGCGACUAUUACAGCAACUAUGAUAACAACUGGUCAAUCAUACCGCCGGACUAUGGCGCUGAUCUGGGAUACCAAGUUCGUCAGCCGCCUCUAGAGGAAGAAUACAAAUACAAUUCUUAUGCGCUUCGGCCGCUUCGCUAUUGGCUGAUGGGAAUCCCGCCCAGUCGGCGGCGCGUCGCUAUUGGCGGAGGUCAGUGGAGCACCCUCGAGGCUAGUCCGGAGCUGAGUAGGCUGUCGAGGCACGAGGGCGGCGCGGGGUGUUCUUCACCCCGAGCACCACUCGAGGGUUGUUUAGUGCGGACGCGGCGUCGCAAGGCGCAGCACGUGUUCUCGCGAGUGUAG